UUGGCUCUGGCGGGUGUGUGGGCGGGACCUCGGUACUGCGGCUGCGCAGACUCUGGCUCCAAAUGACAACAACAGCUCAAGAUGGCAGCUCCUAAUGCCGGGAUAUUCUGGCUUCACCAGAGUCGGUUCAGAGCAGUUUUGGCUUUACUCUUGCACAGUGGGAGGAAGUGAUAGAAACCGAUGCACGGUUUCGAAAGUGAAGAAAGGAAAGCGAAACAUAACCUCCCUCUAUCUUCCUGUAAACACUGAGUUCACUGCAUUAACCGCUGCAGCCAUGCUGACCUGUGAAAUCUGUGGUGAGGAGAUCAUGUUGGAGGAGGACAUGAAGACGCAUCUCCUCCUCAGCCACCUGGAAAAUGACAUGGACUGCCCACUCUGUUCCCUGUCUGGAGUGUCCUACGAUGAACUACGCUUCCACAUCGGCUCUGCACAUCCAGAGAAGCAGCUCGGGGCGCAGUAUCCGGCCCGCGUCGCGUCCGCUUCAGGCUGCUCUGCUGGAACAAACACUGGUGCAACAGAGAGCAAAAAGCUCCAAACACCUCAGUCCUGCUCAGCCGGGGACCGCUGUGACACUCCCACGGGAGCCUCUAGUGUCACCAGAGACUCAGUACGACCUCAACAGAAAAGUACACCAGAAAGUGGGGGCUCAUCAACUGGGGAGACUGCACCCAUCACUUCGACAACACGGAGCGCUGAAACAACACAGGAGUCCGUCAGGCGCUGUAAAGAGGACAAUGAUGGAAUAAAAUCUGAGCACAGCAAAGCCAAACAGAAGCGUCUGUCUUCACCAAGAAAAGAGGAGCUGUUCUCCUGCCCCAUGUGUGCACUGGUCUGCAGCAGCUGUUUCAUCUUGCAGGAGCAUGUUGAGUUGCAUCUGCAGACACAGCGCUCAGAUGAAGGGUCAGCACUGGAGGCGUGUUCACCUGCCACGACAUCGCCAUCAGCCAGCUGUCUCUCAGGAGAGAAGAGAUUUGAGUGCCCGAUAUGCUCUGUCGUCUGCAGUGACAGCUUCUCUCUGCAGGAACAUGUGGAACUGCAUUUAGACCACGGAGCAGCUGUGAACUCUGCAGGGAGCCCUGGCUCUGACCUGAAGCUGGCCAGACAGCUUCAGCAGGAGGAGGAGCAGAGGAGGAGGCAGGAGGAGGUCCAGCAGGAGAGAGAGGAGUUCAAGAAGCUGCAGAGGCAGUUUGGUCUGGACGGCAGUGGGGGCUACAGCAGACAGAUGGAGAGGACCAUGGAGAAAGCUGUGGCCAGAGGUCUGAUGGCCCCUGCAGAGUUCCACUGUAAGAGGGCUGAGAUGAUGGAGUCUCUGGCCUCAGGGGUUGAUGAUGGCAGAACCAGAACUCAGGGUGUGGUCAGAGCAUUAUCUGAGUAUUACCAGACUGAAUGCAGAGACUGCGUCCAUGUGUGGCUGAGCGCUGACACCGACCACUACUGCUCCUCAUCGGGGGAUAAAGGCUGGGGCUGUGGAUACAGAAACCUCCAGAUGCUCCUCUCCUCUCUGCACACAAUAGAUGCAUACGCUCCCUUAAUACAAGAGAAGGCAGCGCCGAGCAUCCCUCGGGUGCAGAGUAUGAUCGAGGAGGCUUGGAAAGAAGGGCUGGAUCCAAACGGUGCGUCCCACUUCAACCGGCGGCUGCGGGGAACACGAGCCUGGAUCGGAGCCACAGAGAUCUACGCCCUCCUCACCUCUCUGGGAAUCAGUGCCCGCAUCAUCGACUUCCACCAGCCGACGGGCCCAGGUGACACCCACCCCCGGCUGUUUGAGUGGGUGAAGCAGUACUUCCAGUCCAGCAGGGGCAGCAGACUACCCCCCAGAAUCAUCCACACCUCCCUGCCCCCGCUUUACCUGCAGCACCAAGGUCACAGCCGCUCUAUAGUGGGCUUGGAGCAGAAGAAGAAUGGGAGCCUGUGCCUUCUGCUUCUGGAUCCCGGCACCUCAGCAUCAGACACCAGGAAGCUGCUGAGCAGGGACACCGUCUCACCAGCCGUCCGCCACGUCAGGAAGUUCCCCGGCAGCCUGAAGCACAAACAGUACCAGGUGGUGGCGGUGCAGGGGGUGCUGUCUGCUGAGGAGAAACAGAUUAGCAUCUUGAACUCCAGGACAUUAUGUGCUGAAAGGAUCCCAUGAACAGGAACGCACAGCUUUAUCUCUUCUAUCUUGUUCUUUUUUUUACGGUGAACGUGUAUUUGAUUUUAAACUCCAGGUGCUAUUUAAUGUUAUCAUUUGCUAAUACAUUUUAAUAAAGUAAUUCAACUUUUUUCA